CUCCACUUUUCUUCUAACGAGGUGAAAUCAAGUCGGAUUAAAGAGUUUAUUAAGCCACAUGACCCUGUCGGAUAAUCCCUUGAAGGUGACCCAAACAUUCUUUUCCAGACCAAAUGAAACCAAUCUUAUUCGCCUGCACCAUGUGACUUUGAGACACAUUGGCUUCAUCUGAUAACAGAUCUAACCAUGUUUCUCACGCAAAGAAAGCCGCAGAGUCUAUAAGAGCCGCGGUGCCGCCAGGAACCAGGUCUACAGUGCAGACGGAUCCAGCAGACACCCAGCAUGGCUCAGAAGACGGCGCUGAUCGUGUACGCCCACCAGAGUCCGGGUUCGUUUAACGCGGCUGUGCGUGACGUGGCGAGGCAGGAGCUGGCUGAGCAGGGCUACAGGGUCAUCGUGUCCGACCUGUACGCCCUGAACUUCAGAGCCAGCGCCACGCAGGACGACAUCAUCGGUGACCUGAAGAAUCCAGAGCUGUUCAAGUAUGGAGAGGAGGCGAUGCACGGCUGGAUGGAGGGCCGCCUCAGUGACGACAUCGUGGCCGAGCAGCGCAAAGUAGAGGAGGCCGAGCUCAUCAUCUUCCAGUUUCCUUUGUACUGGUUCAGUGUUCCUGCCAUCAUGAAGGGCUGGAUGGACAGAGUGCUGACUCAAGGUUUUGCUUUCUCCCUGGAAAAGAUGUACAAUAACGGCAUAUUCAAGGAUAAGAAAGCAAUGUUGUCCUUCACUACUGGAGCAACGCAGACGAUGUUCAGGCCUGAUGGCAUCAAUGGAGACAUCAACAUCACACUGUGGCCUCUGCAGAACGGCACUCUGCACUUCUGUGGAUUUCAGGUUCUCGCUCCUCAGAUAUUCUGGAGUCCGGCUCACUGUCCCCCCACGGUCCGAACCGCAAUGCUAGACGGGUGGCGAGCCCGACUAAAAGGACUGUUGGCAGAAAAGCCUUUGACCUUUGCCCCCUGCGAGCUCUUUGACCUCAGCUUUCAGGGGGGGUUCUUGCUGCGGCCCAAGGUGAGGGAGGAGCGCGAGUCGCAGCCCUACGGCCUCACCACGGGACACCAUCUGGGGAAACCGCUGCCGCCUGACAACCAGCUCGCAGCUCAGCCCACUGGUGAAAGUAGUGCCAAACCAGACUGCAGGAAGUAGGACCUUCUCGUCACCCAGGAGCCUUUAAACGUUACAAGACCACUUUAACAUCAAAAUAUGGGAUUUUAUAAAUACUUUGUUUACUGAAGCUGAAAUAAAUCAAUUUUAAUAACAUUGA